AUGUGCUUUCUUUGUCGAACACAGGUUGCAGGAUUUGACAGUAGCGCCGAUGGAUAUACGAUGGGGCGCUCCAAAGUGCAGUCAGCGUUCGUUGGUGAUACCGGUUUACUAGUCAGUGACAACGAUCAGUCACUGCCAACGCAAAGCGAGCCGAAUCUGAGCGAAAUGGGACUGCCAGCAGUUGCGAAAUCACAGAGAGAAGCAUCGUUUACACCUCCUCCGAAUUUCAGUAGUAGAAACAAUGGUGUUUUUGGGAUGGGGCGACAACCGGAAGAGAAUUUCGACGAAGUUUUAUUGCGAGAUAAAUGA